GGGAGGAGGCGGCGGCGACGGCGGCGGUGGCGGCCUCGGGAAGAUGCUGCUCUUUGGCGUAAAUUGCAAUCGAUUAGGGAUCGUUUCUCAGACUCAAGUUAGAAGUGAGAGUUCAGAUAAGUGAGGCCGACAUUGCUGCUUUGAACACCUCAGAAGGGGAGAAUGGAUUUAUCAGGAGUGAAAAAGAAGAGCUUGCUAGGAGUCAAAGAAAAUAAUAAAAAGUCCAGCACUAGGGCUCCUUCUCCUACCAAACGCAAGGACCGCUCUGACGAGAAGUCCAAGGAUCGCUCUAAAGAUAAAGGGGCCACUAAAGAGUCCAGUGAGAAGGAUCGUGGCAGGGAUAAGACUCGGAAGAGACGCAGUGCUUCAAGUGGAAGCAGCAGCACCAGGUCUCGGUCCAGCUCAACCUCCAGCUCGGGCUCCAGCACCAGCACAGGCUCAAGCAGUGGCUCCAGCUCGUCCUCUGCGUCCAGCCGCUCAGGCAGCUCCAGCACGUCUCGAAGCUCGAGUUCCAGCAGCUCCUCGGGCUCCCCCAGCCCAUCUCGGCGCAGGCACGACAACAGGCGGCGUUCUCGCUCCAAAUCCAAGCCACCUAAAAGAGAUGAAAAGGAGAGGAAAAGGCGGAGCCCUUCACCUAAACCCACCAAAGUGCACAUUGGGAGGCUCACCAGGAAUGUGACCAAGGAUCAUAUCAUGGAAAUAUUUUCUACUUACGGGAAAAUUAAGAUGAUUGACAUGCCUGUAGAGAGGAUGCACCCUCACCUGUCCAAAGGCUACGCGUAUGUGGAAUUUGAGAAUCCAGACGAAGCGGAGAAGGCGCUCAAGCACAUGGAUGGAGGGCAAAUUGAUGGCCAAGAGAUCACUGCCACUGCUGUGUUGGCACCCUGGCCUCGGCCACCCCCUCGGCGAUUCAGCCCACCCAGGAGAAUGCUCCCGCCGCCUCCCAUGUGGCGCAGGUCACCCCCACGGAUGAGGAGAAGGUCCCGCUCCCCGAGGCGCAGGUCCCCUGUGCGCAGGAGGUCUCGGUCUCCCGGCCGCCGCCGCCAUAGGAGCCGCUCCAGUUCCAACUCCUCUCGAUAAGCAGGGACAUGGAUGGGUACCUCUGUAACUUACGUUCCCCACUCAGUUCUGUCCUUUAGGCAAAUGAAGAUCUGUAGGGAAGGAUCCCUUACCAGGGUAGGCGUUGAAGACAGCAGUUGGGAUACUUCCUCUGCAGAGGGUUCUGGCUGCAGAGGUGCUGUUGGUUCCGGACUAUGCCCAUAGAGGUGCCCUGUAGUUUUCUGGCUAGAAAGUUCACCCCUUCCAGUUCUUGUGAGUCUGUUUGGUAGCAGAGCCAACUGGGACAAGCAAGCCUCCAUACGGCAGCACACCGUUUGCCACAGAUGACCUGGAACCAGUCAGACAGCCGCUCACACACCCUUGCCGUUGCUGUGUCACAUCUGCCAAAAGGACCAGGCUGCUGUGCUGAAGGCCUGACCGUGUCCCUGCUGAUGCUCUGCAACUUGUAGGGUUAAAAGCCUUUGAAGGGGUCUUCAGACAUAGUUUCUGUUCUGUCCCCAUGUCUCUGC